UUAGGAACGAUCACUUGUCCGACGGAUGACAAAAAUGCAGACGAAAUUCGGCAGCGUGUGAAAAUACCCACAAACAAAACGAAAUUUUGGAGCAAUUUCGCUAGCUACUACAAUCCAUUUGUUUUUCUUUUAAUCUACUGGCAUUUGAUUUUGUUCAACCAUUGUAGCAGACCAAAGGAACACAAUGGAUAAUCCAGCAUUCGAAAACUCAACAGAGAGUGACGGAUCGACUAAGGCAAAUGCGAACACAACGCUUGAUGUGCCUAGCACACCAACUAAUGCUGCUCGGGUUCGGAAGUUAACUCCUAAAAUUAAUGUGAUACAUUAUCAAAAGAGCCAAACAGAUCUUUUACCAACAUUACAUGAAAUACCAACCGCAACCGAAAACGAACAGGAACAAAGGCCAUUGGGGCACAACAACGGAAUCAACCCCGAACAUGCUGGAACAUCUGCUUUCAUUCAAAAAGGAAUAGCUUCGGCUGCUUCGUUUCGCAAAUUGGUGCGAAAUAUGAGUCGCGAUGUCAUGCCCAGUAUUGACAACUAUCGUUUGUCGUAUCAAAGACAAACAUCAGCCCGACCGAGCUUACACGAGCUAUGUAAUCCUGAAGCUGCAGUUGUCAACGAAGAAGUGCUACUGGAUGAUUUGAACGAUACACCAACGGUAGAGGGUCCAAAAAAAAUUGAAGCUGUAGAAGAAGCCGUGGUAGAGAAGGUCAAAUUCGGUUGGAUAGAAGGCGUUUUGAUCCGCAAUAUGAUGAGUAUCUGGGGGGUGAUGCUUUUUCUGAGACUGUCAUGGGUGGUAGCCCAAGCAGGAAUAGCUGAAACCUUGGUGAUUAUCGCUAUUUCUACUUUUAUUACCUUGGUAACUGCCUUAUCCAUGUCUGCCAUCUCAACCAACGGAGAAAUCGGUGGAGGUGGUACCUACUUCGUGAUGUCGAGAGUGUUGGGUCCGGAAUUAGGCGGUUCAAUCGGCAUCAUCUUUACCAUCGCCAACGCAAUGGACUGCGCCCUCAAUAUAGUUGGUUUUGCUCAGACCGUUCUGGACAUGAUGAAAGAAUACGGUGGGUACAUCAUCUUCGAUGGAGCCCUCAACGACAUCCGCGUCGUCGGCACCCUGACAACAAUAUUUACAUGUGCAGUUUGCGGCCUUGGACCCUACUAUGAAACAAAAAUGAAGAACAUUAUGAUCGUUAUCAUGAUGGUUUCCUUAACAAACUUUGUUGUCGGCAGCAUCAGAGGUCCCGAGAACGAACUAGAAGAAGCAAAAGGAUUCAUUGGUUACAGUGUCGAUACACUUAACGAAAAUUGGAAAUCUGCCUACUUCGUCACAGACGGUCAGAUGCAGAAUUUUAUUUCCGUCUUUUCGGUUUACUUCCCAGCAAGUAUCGGCAUUCUUGCUGGAGCAAACGUGUCCGGUGACUUAAAGAACCCGAAUUCAGCUAUUCCUAAAGGAACGAUUUUAGCCAUCAUACUUUGCAGUGUUGUGUACGCUGGAGUAGCCAUAAUUUGCGGUGCAACAAUGGUGCGACAAGCUACUGGGAGUGUCAUUGAUUUGGCCAAUGGAACAAGUUUACAUUGUUCUACUUUGUUGAAUGGCACAAACUGCACAAGUGGACUUAAUUAUGAUUAUCAGGCGAUGUCUUUGGUCUCUGCGUUUGCUCCACUUAACUAUUUGGGAUGCAUCUCCGCUACAAUGAGUACGGCUCUGUCAGACUUCGUUUCCUGCCCGGCUCUGCUCGAAGCCAUCGCAGCUGACAAUAUCUAUCCUUACUGGAUGAUUGGUUUCUUUGGAAAAACAUGCGGGAAAUCAAAGCAGCCACUGCGCGCAAUCACCUUCACUUUCCUUUUGACUUUGGCUUUCGUACUUAUAGCCAAAUUAGAUACGAUAGCAUUGUUGAUCUCGGAUUUCUUCCUCGCCACAUUUGCCCUCAUGAAUUUUUCAACUUUUCACAUCAGCUUGGUCAAACCAAUCGGAUGGCGUCCAACUUUUAAGUACUACAACACCUGGCUGAGUCUUUUGACGGGCCUUCUGUCUAUCGCUUCCAUAAUCCUCAUGAGUCUCCCCAUUGCAGUGAUCACAAUCGCUAUCGUCCUAUUUUUCUAUCUGUUGGUACUUUACCGCAAACCAGAGGUUAAUUGGGGAUCAUCUACUCAAGCGCAGACAUAUAGGGCCGCGCUGUCAAGCAUUCAACAACUUGUUCAUAUUGAAGAACAUGUCAAGAACUACCGGCCACAAAUCUUAGUCCUAACAGGACUUCCCAAUACCCGCCCUGCUUUAGUCGAUUUCGCCUACCUAAUUUGUAAGAAUAAUUCGCUGAUGAUCUGCGGGAACAUCGUCCAAGAAAAGCUAACGUACAAUAUGCGUUCAAAGCUGCAACAAAAGGCUUAUAGGUACCUGCGGUUCACGAACAUCAAAGGAUUUUGUGUCGUCGCGGAUAAUUCGAAUCUACAUUCGGGUGUGACUGCAAUGCUCGGCCUCUCAGGAGUAGGCAAAGUCCAUCCCAACAUCCUCAUGAUGGGAUACAAAAAUGAUUGGGCAACCUGUGAAGGAAAUUCAUUAGAUCAAUACGUAUUGGCUAUCACGGCUGGUUUUGAAAUGAACGUGGCAGUCACUAUUCUUCGCAAUAAAGAAGGACUAGAUUGUACAGAAAUAUUGGCCGAUAUCGACGACUUUAUCCUGAAUAAAAAUGCUCCUGGAAAAACGUCAUCGUUCGACAGCACAGCCGACCAAUGCAAUAACUCAAUAUCUACUUCAAGUUCCAACUUAUCAGCUUUCCCAAUUUCGAAUCCAACAGGAUUUAGCCCCAUGAGCAGCGUGGAUUCUGUAGACGAAUCCCAGUCAACAGCCGACACCGAAGGAAGGCGUGCUGUGGUGCUCGGUGUCACGAAAAACAAGCAAAGCAAGAAAAAGAAGAAGCAGGCUAUCACAUUCAGGGACCCCGAAGGAAAUGAGCUGCCAAAAAGCGUAAUGAACAAGAUAAUCCUAUUCCAGAAAAAACAGAACAAAGACACUAUUGAUGUUUGGUGGCUAAGCGAUGAUGGAGGUUUGACAUUGUUAUUGCCAGUCCUUAUCAACAGUAGAUCAAAUUGGUCAGAAACUAAACUGCGCAUUUUCUGCACGGCUUCUGGUGUCGAAGAACUUGAAAAAGAACACAAGGGGAUGGCAGUUUUACUUUCAAAAUUCCGAAUAGAUUACUCUGAUCUUGUGAUCAUUAGUUAUACGAAUACUGCCCCCAAAAGCAAAACCAAGACGUGGUUUGAUGGAAUAAUUCGACCUUUUUUACAACCACGGACUAACGGACCUCACAUAAAGCAGGCGGAAUUCGAAGCUUACCAAUAUAAAACCGAUCGUUACCUGAGAUUACGAGAGUUACUCCUGGAUCACUCUUCGGAUUCCAACUUGGUUGUUAUGACCUUACCCAUUCCUCGAAAAGGAGCUUGCAGCGCACCAUUGUACAUGGCUUGGUUGGAAGCACUGACAGCAAAUAUGCCACCUUUCCUGCUAGUACGAGGAAAUCAAACGUCCGUUUUGACAUUUUACUCCUAAACGGGUUAACUGAAUAGUCAAUAAGGUUC